GAACUCAUGAUUACCGUACAAUGCGGGAAAUCCUGAAGUCUUUCCAUGACAAUUACGGCCCGGUUGUCAAGGAGACGAGAUCAGGUGACACGUUUGUCCACCUGUUUCACCUGGACGACAUCUGUGGUGUCCUGCGUAACAGCCAGGUCCAGACGGAUGUUUAUCCAUUGUUUCCGCCACUAGGGUUCUACAGAAGAUGGAGAAGGAUUGGGCCUGGCAUUGGCAACGUCAACGGAGAAGAGUGGCACACACUGCGUGGCCUGGUCCAAAGCCACAUCUUGCGACCAAACAUCGUUGCUGAUUAUUUGCCGUUUAUCAAUGAAGUUGCUGACGAUUUCCUCACACGGCUGCCCGGCAUUCAGACAGCAAACGGAGAAGUCCCGAACCUCUACGAGGAAGUUACUAAAUGGCACCUUAAAUCCACUGCCAGAAAUGUUUUUGAGACAAAUCCGGGCUUCUUUGAUAAUGAGGUCAACGAGUUCUUUGACGUCCGCUCCAUGAUAGAGGCUACGCAAACUGUCGUUCGCAGUGCCACGCGCCUGUAUUAUUCACUUCCUCUGUACAGAUACGUGAGAACUACACAGUGGGAUACCAUGGUGAAAAGUGCGGAUUACUUGUUUGGGGGUUUGCAAAAACUUUUGGACCGGGCAGUCGAUGACAUUAAGGUCCUCUCCGCCACAAACCAGUUGCCAGAUGACAAAUAUAGUUUCCUGCGACAUGUAAUGUCCCGUUCAGGUGAUAUCCCGUACAGUGAGUGGGGCAUGCUGUCAUUGGAUAUGGUAUUUGAUGGACUCAUUGCGACACCAGCCGUUUUGAUUUGGAAUCUGUUCACGCUUUCGAAGUACAGUCACGUGCAAGACAAGCUAUUCGAGGAAGUAGAGAAAACCGUGCCGAGAGGGGAAAAUGUGACGAAGGACCACAUCAAGAAGAUGAAGUACAUGAAAGCUUUUCUUAAGGAGACCUCCAGGUUUUUUCCUCUUACGGUGGAACUUACCAGAAUUCCACAGCAGGACACGGUGGUUGGUGGAUACCAUAUAACAAAGGGGACGAUUCUUUCUCUGAACAGCCUCGUGUUCUACCACAGCCCAGAAUAUUUCGUGGCUCCUGAACAGUUUCAACCUGAGCGAUGGCUUCGAGAAAACACCUCUGAGGAUUAUAACCCGUACACGCUGCUGCCGUUUGGCCACGGGACCCGGAUGUGCCUAGGUCGAAGAUUUGCGGAGCUGGAGCUGAGUGUGAUGCUAGUGAAGAUCUUGCAGAGGUACCGCCUACAGUGGAUGGGCAAGGUGGACAUGGGGCAGGAGUUCCACUCUGUGCACGUGCCCGAUUGUGCGGCAAGGGUCAAGUUUAUUGAGCGUCAGGAGAUGCAGCAAUGAGUUAUCUAAGACUGGACAAUGACGAUGUGAAUCAUGAGUGACUUACAGCUCUUGUUAUCAGUGUGGUUCUAUUUGUUGGUUAUAACGUAAUAUCCAAUCCUUUACAUCUUAGAAAAAAAUGCUGCUCUCUUUUGAAAACCAGAUUUUUUCUUGACCAAAUUCAACUCCCAUAUCUCUCUCUCAAUUCCAAUCUCGCUCUCUCAACACACAUCUCUCUCAUGUCUUGCUCUCUCUUUCUCCACAUCUCACCUGGCAGCCACGAGAGUAACAAGUAGAAUCAGCUUCAUCAUCUUGGCGGGAAAAUAGUUGUCGUCUGCUUACCGACGGACCGAGUGACUCGAAUCUUGACUGGAAUCUAAGUCGAUCCAAACUAGAACAAGACAUGCGUUUUAUACAAUUCUGAGACACAAAAGGAAUACGUAUAAUGAUAGUAUUUAUUUCUACUUAGGAUAUAUGUCUUGAAUGACGGGUUAAUUAAUUAUUUUCUUAGUUUUAUAUGACAAUUACACACACCGGAUAAUAGAAGAGUCACUCCUACUGAACCAAUACUUUGGGGGAGAUAAAUGACUGUGGAAUGAUAUGCUCCUGGUAUCCUUUUAUUCACAUCAAAUUCCACAAAAGAAACGGUUCUGACUGAACAAUUCAACUGUAUCGAUAUUCUGACAUUGCUUAUAUUCCGCCU